CGUGUUUGUGCCAGCCUUAACUCGUUGUCUGCCGUCUAGUCGUUACCUCCACGUAGGCCAAGCCAAGGUGUGAGAGGUGAUUCACACCGAAUGCCUUCAUACUUUUGAUUAGUCAAUCUUAUUGGAUCAGCUACGUCGUCAGCUUGACACGCGUGACUCCGGUUCAACCGGCGAUUACGUUUCCAAAGCAAUUGACUGGCCGAGGUAGCGCCAUCUUGGAAGAAUGAGACAUCUCCCAUUACUGGCAGGCAAAUAAGGCAGCAUAUCGACAGGCUAUCUUGUAGCAAAUACAGACAGGCUGUGGCCAAGAACAUCAGCCACCCUGUGAAAGCGAAGGCGAAAAGUAUCGGGGACUACGAUUGUUCGGAUGAUCUGGGUAACAUACAUAGCUCUGGGGUGAAUCUACAUAAAGAACGCAAGCCUGCAUUCAAGUCAGGCGAGUAACAAAGCACUUGGAGGACAAAGCUACGCACCUUAACUCAUACCAUUACACUGCCUCGAUUUCAAGCUUCAAUAUAGCUUCUCCCAGGUGAAAUAACAUUGUCAUCUACAACAAUACCAUGGCUAACCAACAGCCACUUGACAUUAAUAAUGUGCAAGGUGAUAUCCUUGAGGGACUAGGGAAGAAGACGGAGCUCUUCUUCUUCUUCCGUAUCAAGGCCGGCCAAGGCCUCCAUUUCCGAGAACACCUGAGAUCAAUCAUUCCUCUUAUAACUACCACCACGGAAGCCAAGAAAUUCCAUCAGACCAUCAAGGAGGGCAAGAAAGAAGCUGCCAAUGAAGGCAGGCACUUCCCCCUGAUUGAGAAUAGUGGUGUGAAUAUCUCAUUCUCCCAGAAGGGUCUGGUAGCGCUUGGAAUCACCGAUGACAUUGGAGACAAAGUGUUCAAGGACGGAAUGCUGGCGGAUGCAGCGAACCUAGGCGAUAAUCUCACGGAAUGGGACUCUGAUUUCAAGAAGGAUAUCCACGGCGUGUUUGACAUCACAGCCAAUAGCAUGGUUGUGCUUGACAGAACUCUUGAUCAUAUCAAGAGAAUAUUCCGAUCCGGACAUAAGGACGCCACGAUUGAGGAAGUUACUCAACUCCGAGGUCAGGUUAGACCUGGUGCUGAGAGUGGUCAUGAGCACUUCGGCUUCAACGAUGGACUCUCGCAGCCAGCCGUCGAAAACGUUGAUGCCGGCGUCAUAUCCGAACCAGGCGAGGCGCCUGUCCGUCAAGGUGUAAUCCUCCUCGGCCGUAAAGGCGACGACGGCCUCGUGUUUCCUCCGGGUACUCCACCACAGCAUGUCACGCGCCCGUCCUGGGCCCUUGACGGAAGCUUCCUCGCGUUCCGCUACUUGAAGCAGCUUGUCCCUGAGUUCGAUACCUUUUUACAGGAGAACGCUUUGAAGGGUAUCCCGCCUGCCCCUGGGAAUCCCACUGGAGCCGACCUUCUCGGCGCUCGUCUCGUUGGGCGAUGGAAGAGCGGCGCCCCCAUUGACUUGACACCUUUGCGCGACAACCCCGCUUUUGCUAAACGUCAAGAUUUCCGUUUCGACCCUAAUAACCAGGAGCGUUGUCCUUUUGCUGCGCACAUCCGAAAGACCAACCCUCGCUCGGACUUGGACGGUCGCGGCGGUACGGAGAUUCGCCGAAUCAUUCGCCGUGGCAUCGCCUUCGGACCUGAGGUAACAGAAAAGGAGAAAAGGGAGAGGAGAAGCUCCCCCGACGAGAAGCUGGAACGCGGCCUUCUUUUCGCCUGCUACCAGAGCAAUCUAGGCAAUGGAUUCCACUUCAUGCAACAGAGCUGGGCAAAUAACCGCACUUUCCCACCCAAGACCACUACUGUACCUCCGGUCCCAGCGCCGGGCAUCGACCCGAUUAUCGGUGUCGCAACGGAUAACCUGCCCCGGCAGAUGGUGGGGGCGAGCCCGGACAUCUCGGGGGCGAAUACGGAACUAGAUUUCAGCGCUAGAUGGGUGAUCUCGCGCGGUGGAGAGUACUUCUUCACGCCGUCCAUCCCGGCGCUGAAGAAUACUUUCGCGGCUCCUUGCCACCCUGGUCAGCAUGGUCGCCCCGAGUUGUGA